AUGGGAACUGGAGACAAGAAAGUCACUAUGCGUGCCUGGGCUUAUACCAGUCGCGGUGCCCCAGGAGCGGUCCUCAAAUUACGUACCGACUUACCCAGACCAACACCCGCCGAACUUCACGCCGACGAGGUUAUAGUCAAGGUCUCAUACGUGGCCCUUGAUCAAGGCCAGAGUGUUAUCAUACGAGUUUUUCCUCACUUCAACUCAAAGCCAUGGUAUCCCGGACUCGAUUUCUCCGGCAUUGUCGAAGCCGUAGGCUCCAACGUCACUCAUGUCCAACCCGGCGACCCAGUAUUUGGCAGUCCAGACCCGAAAGUUCUUUUAAAGUGGGGUCACAAGUACAACGGAAUGCUUGUCGAGCACGCCUUCCUGCCAGCAGCUCAGGUUGUGCGCAAACCUCCUAACAUUUCCUUGGCGUCCGCUUCGACGCUAGCAACGAAUGGUUGUACGGCCUUCCAGUUCAUUGAUCUGGUGAACAUGAAGCAAGGCGAUCGCGUGCUGAUUACCGGUGCAUCUGGGGGUCUCGGGACAUUGAUGGUGCAGGUUGUACGAUCAGUCGUGGGGAAAGAAGGCACGAUCAUUGGCACGUGUUCUGCGCCCAACGAAGAGUUGGUGAAGAAAUUGGGCGCAGAUGAAGUAAUUGAUUAUAGAGCUCAUCCGGUAUUGAACGAGUACCUGACAUCAAAAUAUUCUACGAACCCGUUUGAUUCAAUCAUUGAUAUUGCUGGCGCCGAUGACCAACUCUACGAUAAGAGCCCUGCGUAUCUGAAGCCCGAUGGGGCUUAUCUAAUCGGUGGCAAAAUGAGCAUCACUCACGGUAGCGGCGGCUUCCUUCAGAUCUUAUCAUGGGCUCUCAGAUUCUACAGCAAAGCGUUCUUGCCGCGCUUUCUAGGUGGUACUCCUCGGAAAGGAUUCUUUCACUCCGCAAACGUCAUCCCCGAAGAUAUUGUGAGAACGGCGGCAUUGGUGGAAGCUGGACAGCUUACAGGAACGAUCGACACGGAAUAUGCCAUGGAGGACGCUCUUAAGGCAUUUGAAGGUACAGCGAGAGGUCGAGCAAGAGGCAAAUUCAUUGUCAAUGUGCAAAAUCAUUCGGAUUGA